AUGGCGACUCAAGUCCUUCCUACGCCGUCAUCGCAAUUUCCGCCCACUCAGAUGUCUUACGGAAAUGAGAUGUUGAACACUUACUCAAGUUUUGACAACGUCGCGGCAGGAAAUACCCCCUACAACUCCAAUCCUAAUCACCAGUCGCUUCUCAUGUUGUCGCCGCCAGCAGUCAGUUCCGAUAUACAAUAUCGCAGGCAGUCAUCGCAUUCACCGCAGGCCGGUUUGGGGGCACUCGCAAUUCGUGAUCGAACACCGAUUCGACAUCAUCGACCCAGUGUGUCGCGAGGUCGCAGUCAUAGUCGGAGUGAAAUGUUACUCGCGUACGCAGCAGAACAAAAUCAGCUCCACCAAUCGCAAUCGUUGCCAUCAAUAGCGGCCAUGCCCUCACAAAGCGAAUCAACCAUGCCGCAAGUGUAUAACAUGCCCGCAUACAACAUGUCACCACCCAUCUCCAGUUUCCCGCAACAAGGCAGCUACUUUGGCACUCCGGUUCCGCCAUCUACAGGACACCAGGAAAGCGAGUUUCCCCUUCCUUCGAACGAGACAGAAAUACCAGCAUUUUAUCCGGUAGGCCGGACUUCAUCACACGGCUCGGCAAUAAGUCUGCCUCCGCCCGACUCGCCCCAUAGUCUUUACAUCCCUGGACAUGCUCAACACAGCCAGCAGCCCUUACCAUCGAUCGGGAUGGCGAUGCAACCCUUUCCACCGGCGCAGUUGACGUUGGAAUCUUCCCCGGCGGAGGUCGAGAUUAUACCUUCUCGGCCCAAACCUCAGUGUUGGGAUCAUGGGUGCAAUGGGCGACAAUUUUCCACAUUCAGCAACCUGCUCCGACAUCAGAGAGAAAAGAGCGGGAGUGCAAUGAAGGCAGUAUGUCCACAUUGUGGCACCGAGUUUACGAGGACAACAGCCCGCAACGGCCACAUGUCGGGGGGAAAAUGUAAGGGGAGAGCGGACGCUGAGGCGUCAAACCGAAUGAAGAAGGAAUAG